CUACCAUCUACAUCACAAACUCCAAACACUGAAAAAAGCAUUUUGCUCCUUGAAGAAGAAGAAGAAUUUCAAAACGAUCCAAUAAACAAAACAACUACCAAUCAGAAUCCUCAAAUAACCUUAGAUUCCAACCAAUAA